AUGACUGACAACUGGUACAUCAAUCCGGCAGCGCCGGACGGCGACGAACCGGGCGUACAGCUGGAGAGUCGCCGACUCUGGCGGCAGUUCCACCGGCUCGGCACAGAGAUGGUCAUCACCAAGACCGGCAGGCAGAUCUUCCCGCAGAUGAGGUUCCGGCUCACCGGCCUGGACCCCAAAGCCAAGUACGUCCUGCUGCUGGAUAUCGUUGCCGCCGACAACUGCCGCUACAAAUUCAGCAGCAGUCGGUGGGUGGUGGCCGGCAAGGCCGACCCCGAGAUGCCCAAGAGGAUGUACAUCCACCCGGACAGCCCGGCCUCCGGUGACCACUGGACGCGGAGGGUGGUCUCCUUCCACAAGCUAAAGCUAACCAACAACAUCGCCGACCGUCACGGAUACACGGUGCUAAAUUCGAUGCACAAGUACCAGCCGCGUUUCCACCUAGUCCGAGCCAACAGCAUCGCCCAGUUACCUUACUCCACCUUCAGGACGUAUACAUUCAACGAAACCCAGUUCAUCGCCGUCACUGCUUACCAAAACGACAAGAUAACUCGACUGAAGAUAGACCACAACCCAUUCGCCAAAGGCUUCCGCGACGUCGGCUCAGGCAAAGGAGAAAAGAGCGACACGGACGAGCCGGCGCCCUCGUCCGACGAGCCGACGCCAUCGUCGGACGAGCCGGACGAAGACGAGGACGCGCUGGACGUGGUGGGAGAUGCCGAGUCGUCCCGGCUCCUCCCAUCCGCCCCCGCCGUGGAGUCCGCGCCGGAGGUCGAGGGGCGUUCGACGCUCUCCUUCCGGCCCUACGAGGACAAUCCCAGCCGGAACACCGCCUGCAUAUCUGGAGAGGGUGCAGGUCCGAGAAGGCCGUAG